GGAAAAAGGCAACUUCACCUUGAAAAAGCUCCUUCCUUGAAAAUUUAGUCACCAAUGCAUUCAAAAAAAAAAAUUCUCUUGGACCUGAGGCAAGAGUGAGAAUGGAAACAAACAACCAAACAAAGCUAGCAGCUGUUCGCAUCCAACACACAGCCUCGGAGCACCACAAAUUUGGCAUCCCUUCCCCCAAACCAGUCCGUCACAUCCACCUAAGACAUCAAUUCACUUUGUGAUCGUUGUAGUUACUUAAGCAUCAUCGCUUGCCGUAAAACGUAAAACAGCAGCUUAUCUUGGUCAUGACCUUCGUUUGCCUCAAAGGAUUUCACUGAACCUUUCCGGUCCAUUACAUCUGCCUCAUCUAGGCUGGCUUUCCUUGAUUCUUUUAAUCAUUUUCCCUCUCUCUUUUUUUGAUCUCGGACCUACCUUGUCAUCGCAUGCUGCGAUAUCUGGCCAAGCCGCCAUGUCUUUCAACCCAAAGGCAUCACCAUUCAGAAACAGCCCAAUAUCUGAGAAGAAUCACGCUCACUGUGACCAACAACGACAUAUUUUUCAUGGCGGUUACAUAAAGCCACAAGCCAAAUGGCAACUUCAGACCAGCCCGUCUUCGUCAAAUCGCAGAAACGCCUGCGACCCGCUUGCGGAAGGCAGGCGUGUUCGCGUCGACAAUGUGUUUUAUGGCACAAGAUUCGUCCCGGACUUUAUUGGCGCCAUAGGCAUACCCAAGAGCGAUAUCGAGCGCAUACAUAGCACAGGCCCCUCUGGCGGUCCUGGGAUGUGCUGGGUUGAUUUCGUCUCCCAUGCUGCGGCCUCGAGGGGCGUUGAGAUGCUCAGAGCUGAGCUGCGCAAGUGGCUACCGCAAGUUUUCCUAUGCUCACCGGCAACAGACUUGAGCGGGCGCACAACCUCCACCGGUUGGCGCUCCAGCGACUACGACCAUGACUUGACCGAUGAUUUUACUAUCGACCAAGAUUGGGAUGCUAAUGACUUUGGGUGUGCUUCACCUGCUAUUGUUGGGUCACAUUCGUGGUUAUCGUCUCCCAAAGCGGAUCUGCUGAGUAUCAAGAAUGGCAGUUUCCUCGACAAUACCAGCACAUCAUCCUUUGGCCAUGUUACAGGAAACUGCAGCACUCGGCCAACCUCCGACCGCGCUAGUAUUACGACGGAGAAUACUUUUGAUAGCAGCGCCGUCUUCACAUCAGCAAGUCUUGACAGGGACGCCCCGGCGAAGAGCAAAUGCAUUGACAUAAAUGCGCAGGGCUCUGAUUUCGUCGGAACCAAGACAGGGGCCGACAACUGUCCCCAGAAUGGUGACAUCGGGGACUGUGAGCCAAAGAAAAUCAAGCCACAUGACAUCAAAAGUUGGACUCAGUCGAUAGUGACGACUAGACAACCAACCGAGCCGGCGCCGAAGCAUUCAACGAGCUUUGUCAAUGUCAGCACACCAAACCCCAAAACAUGGGCCAGUAUUGCUUCUCCCAGUCCACAACGGCCUCGCUCAACCUCAAAUCAAGAAGUCACAAAAGUUACAGCAAAAGACCCGGGUAUUGUCAAGGGCGCAUCGGCACCAAGAUCAGGUCCAAGCUGGGCGGACAUCACAAAGAAUAGACCUACAUCCGCCGUCAAAGCUAUAUCUCCCGCUGCCGACAAGAAGCCUCCAAGUAGGUUGCCACCCCAGAAAGAGGAGAAUAGCAGCUCCAUGUCUUUCCGCAAGCCAUUGCUGCCCUCGCCAAAUUUACUGCCCUCCCCAAAUCCAACAUCACACCGGACCAUAUUCGUCACUGGGCUCGACCCUACUGAAGAUCAAGAAUAUCAUCGGGAGGAAAUUCUAAAGAUAUUUGCCGGCUUCAAGGUUCACGGAAUCAGCAAUCGCAAAAAGAUAGACCGGGCUAGUAACCACGCCAACUGUUUUAUCGACAUGGAAACCGCGGAAGAAGCACAUCGUGCUAUUGAGAGCUGGCCAUGGCCCACAGACAGAAUCGGCGGAGGCCUCAUCCAUAUAGCCCGGGCCAAGAGCGAGAGCAACAGGCCGCUCGACUACACGGUGGUGAAGGAGUCAAGGGAGCGGCAAAGUCGGAGGAACAGGUGAGCCAGUUUGUGGUGGAUACGAACAAUGACGAAAAAGAAUAUUUGCCAGGUUUGGGAUAGGCAGGGCCGUCUUUUCUGUGUGAUGGCCGCAUGAAGAUAACAUAGUAUGAGAAGUACUGCUGCAGAUGUGGAUCAAGAGCGCAUUUUGUUGGAGUAAUUUGCAGCGCUGAACUAGAUAGAUGCAGAACCUUAGCGAACCAAUACAGACGUGCAUAAUGGGUAUCAGCAUCCGG